AUGGUGUCUGGCUCCGGUGUGUCCGCGCGUCGCGUGGUGGUGGAUGCGCGCCACCACAUGCUGGGUCGCCUUGCGUCGAUCGUGGCCAAGGAGCUGCUCAACGGGCAGCGCGUGGUGGUGGUCCGGUGCGAGGAGAUGUGCAUCUCCGGCGGGCUGGUCCGUCAGAAGAUGAAGUACCUCCGCUUCCUCCGCAAGCGGAUGAACACCAAGCCCUCGCACGGCCCCAUCCACUUCCGCGCUCCCUCGCGCAUUUUCUGGCGCACCGUGCGCGGCAUGAUCCCGCACAAGACGCCCCGCGGCGAGGCCGCACUCGCCAGGCUCAAGGCUUUCGAGGGCGUCCCGCCGCCUUACGAUCGCACCAAGCGUAUGGUCAUUCCCGACGCGCUAAAGGUUCUGAGGCUGCAGCCGGGGCACAGGUUCUGUCUGCUCGGCGAGCUUUCCAAGGAGGUCGGAUGGAACUACCAUGAAACUAUCAAGGAACUGGAGGAGAAGAGGAAGGAGAAGGCAAAGGUGUCGUAUGACAGGAGGAAGCAACUGGCCAAGCUGCGCUUCAAGGCUGAGAAGGCUGCCGAGGAGAAGCUGGGUUCUCAGUUGGAUAUCCUGGCACCAAUCAAAUACUAG